AUGGCCACAUAUAUGGACAGAGGCAUGAGGGCUCUGUACCUUCAGGUUGUGGUUUAUAUCAGGUUACUCAAACGUUGGGGUUUAUUUGCACGCCACCCUGCCCAUCAGCACCCUAUCAUCUUCCUAAAAGACGUUAGUGGAGAUGAGUGCGAGGCGUUGCUUACCUAUAUGUACCGCGGGGAGGUGUCAGUCAGCCAUGAUCAGAUUCAGCGCAUCCUCCGCGUCGCAAACUCACUUCAGGUUCGGGGGCUUGCGGACUUGGAGCCAACAAAUUCCCGGCCAUCCUCUCCUGUAGGGGAUCAGGGAGGUCAAUGUGCCUCAUCCUCCCCUUCCCCCAGCACUGGCCCCCCCACCAAAUGUGCCACCCCAAUUAGCGAACCCCAUUCCCCCAACCCCCCACCCUUGGUCAACCCCAAACUGCCGCCCUUAGGAGGCACUUCGACCCACUCUCGGUUGCCCAGUCACCCCAGCGCCCCAGAUCCUCCACCUCCUCGACACCCUUCAGUGGAGGCCUCGGCGUUGGCAGCAGCAGUAGCAGUGGCCACGAGACCCCCAGGACCCCAGCACCCUCACAUGCCGCCGGAGUACCACCCAUACCCCAUGCUACCCCAUCGGCCACCAUACGAUCUCUCAUCAGCACCCAGUUCUUCGCUCUUGGCCGUCAGUGAGGCAGAUGUGAACAGAUCGGAAGAACACAAUAAAUGCCAAAGUGCUUUGCCAAGAUCGCCCUACCAGUCACAGUUGAAAUAUGAGAGCAAUUUGCUGCUGCAGCGUGUGAAGCAAGACUUGGGAGGCAACAGUUGGGAUGCUCCUGUAGCAGUUGGGGACGUAUCACCCCUGUCGUUGGGUGAUGCUCCUCGGCACCCAUACCUCCCCCCUGGCAUCUUCAACUUCCUGGGGCAUGAAGGGCACCCAACAGCAAGUUCCCAACCAUAUGGGAGAAUGUUCCCAAUAAGUGACCCUUUACGAAGGCUGGAGAGACUGAAUACACCAGGUAGUGAGACACGCAUUCAUAAGUGUCAGUAUUGUUCACGCAAAUUCAAAAGGAAGGACCAUCUAAAGACUCACAUCAGGAUCCACACAGGAGAAAGACCAUACAAGUGUAAAAUUUGUGGCAGGGGGUUUAUCCAGAGCCAACAGGUGAAAAUCCACAUGAAAGUGCAUGUCCGAGAGGAUGUAGCAGGUGUUGGAGCAUCGUCAGGGCUGGGGGCUGGUGGGGGCGGGGGUAGCAGCCUUCCUGCCAUUUAUCCAGAUUUGGUAGGACACUAUAGUGACCAGCAGGGCUCAGGUGGCCCCCACAAUGACCCCCACACAGACUUGGAUCAGUCCACGGAAAAUAAUCCCCCGGAGCCCGAUUCAGAAAAUGAGUGCAGUUCGGAGAUGGCUGAAGUGGACUAUGAGAUGCGGCUGCAGCAGCAGGAAGGAGCGAGUGGGGGUCCGGGGCGAACCCCCCCAACAUCCAACCCCUCAUCUGUGGGGCUGCGUGAGCACAAGACCCCGUCCCCACAGUCCCCCCCUGGGGCUGUGUCAAGGAGCCACCCAACUCCCCCAGAUGACCAGAGCUGCAGUGCCAUGUCUCUGAAGGAAUCAUAUCAUAUAGGUAGCAAUAUAAAAAAAUGAUGGCUAAUGUGCUGUGAUGAUAGAGGCUUUAAUUAAGUAACUGUUGGUUAUACUAAUUGUUUUGUUGCCAAUAUGCAUUUCCACACCAUCAGAAAAAAUUCCGGCUUCAAUGUUAAUUCCUUAAAAGCAUAUCGAUGGCAGGAAUGAUACAAUAGCAACGGCUCAACUGGACAGACAGCUUACCAUUACAACCCCAUGUUCAAUACCAUUUUACUGCAAUAAUACCAUAGUUGGAGUGUUUGCCUAACAGACUUCAUAUAUCCCCAAGCUAUUGUUAUGUCAAUAAUCAAGUGAAAAGUACCAGUGUGUGAUAAAACAUGCACGAAGGUCUGUCAUCUGUUUGUAGGAGGAUUUUUUUUUCUACCUAAACUAGGUACUCAAACCUGGACUCGUGCGUGCAAUAUGUAAUUACACUGGAACGCUGGGAGGUAUGGAGACUUUUGAGGGUAAACUCAGCCCAUGGGUUUUACUCCAUUUUAAAAAAUUCUUUAUUCCUAUAUUUUCAGUCCUCAUUUCAGUUUUUCUUUUCUUUUUGUUUUAGAUAUUUUUAUUAUUAUUAUGAUUAUUAUUUUUUGUUUUGGCAAAUGGAAUGCUCCCAAUUUCUUUUACGCCAUAAUUUAUGUGUUGGACAUGCUCAUAGAGUCAUCAAGUGCUUCUCACAGAUAGUUUUUAUAUUGAGAAGACCAAACUCCCCAAGUUUAGAUAACAUACUGUAAGAAUAUUUGUUUAAUCCAGAUGUUUCCAAAUUAGAACUGUCAUAGUUUUUCUUUAGUCAAUAGUAAAGAAUUAUGUAUUUAUAUUAUGCUUUCACAGGGUGUGUUGUGUUGCUCACUGGCACUUACAGUUAAUAGUUUGUGUCACAAUCGACAAGUAUUAAGACCAAAGACAGUACAAGUUGAUGGCUCAUAAUUUUUUCUGCUCACGAAGGAAAAAAAGCAUGGGACCAUGUUUAGUGUGCUACUCUGGGCCUUAAUGACAAGUGGAUUUUGUGGCCUGCAAAAAGACUAAAUUCCGCACAGCUCCCAAUCAUGCUUUCCUUUUUCUUUCACAGCUUUGCCUCGGAUUCACAGUCCAGUAAACUAGGGAUUAUCAUUAGCAGUUGUUAUUAUGGUUACAACCUUUCCACACUCAUUACCUGUUAUUAUACGAAGGGAGUUUGGUUAAUCAGUGAGAUCUCAUAUUAGGGAGUAGAAGAGACGCGAACCCAGUGCCACCUUUUUGUUGGUUCUUAUAAGUGAUGUUAUAGUACUAGCUAUUUUAAUUUUAAUAAUUAUUUGCCAAGUUAGGAGGAUAAAAAAAAACUUCACCAAAGAAGUUGUAUUUUAAUGUUUGGACUUUCUUAAGGUAAGGCAGGUUCAUCAGUUUUUCUUUUCAUUCCCUUUUCUGCUACAAAGCCAAGUUAGGGGUGAGGCUUAUUUUGUACUUUUUCUUUUCGUAAGUGAGUGAUGCUUUGACGGAGGGGCUUGUUUGUUGCUUGUUUUUUCUUUUCUUUUUUAUAUGAGGGAAAGGGUGGGUAUGAUCUUAUGGAUUAUAGAGUUAACUUUUGUAUAUGGGAUGUCACGUUUAUAAAUACUGUUAAGCAAAAUAAUAUCUUGAAGAUUACAGACCAAAUUACAUAUCAUUACAAUAUAUAUGUGAAUACAUGCUACAUAUCAUACUUCAUAUCCAAAUUGAAAUGCAAGACAUAUCAUAAAAUCUUGUAUCUUUUUUAUAAUUAUCAGUAGUUGCCAUAUCUUUGUUGACAAAUGAUGCCUAUGAUAUGUAUAUGAUACUUCAAACUGGCCUUUGUCAAUAGUGACCCAUUUAAUUAGACUAAGAAAUUUCCUCUUUUAUUCCAUGAUAGGGAGAUAGUUCAAAUGUUUUGUCACAAACCUGUGUUUGUAUCAGUGUGAUACAGUAUACAGUAGGACAUGUUCACCAAACUUAUUAUAAAGACAUACCUGCUAAUGUUGACAUAAAUUAAUCUAGAGAAAGCCCCAUGAGAGUACCUUAAAUUGUGAUGUGUAUUUUCUAUUAUUUUCAUUUUUAUAUGUGAUGGCAAAAUCUGCUAUGGUGAGCAUUUGAACUGGUUUGAUAAGGCUUCAUUUCCUCUUCACAACAAUAUGGAGACAAGUCUUACUGAAGCAACACUUAAUGCUCAAUGUCUUCUGUUGCGUAGUGAUAUAUUGGCAUUAUAUAAAUCUGUGAGUGAAUUCAGAAUGUAUUGAGCCUCACCCCUUGAGCUGUGCCUGCCAACCAUCCCCAUGAACAAGAGGGCUACAGUCGCGUUACGUACCCAUUGGUCGCAUUCCUUCCCAUGGCUGUGGAUCUUAUGUAUGGUAUUGCUGUAGUGAUUCCUCACUUCUCUUUCUCUCUCUUUCCAAUCUCUUUACAGUGAUUGACCGUAAAUAAAAUUGACAUAGACCCAUAUGGUAAUGUAGCCUCUGGUAACAUGGCAUCGUUGGCAGGCAAACUCUUGUUAAUGUUGAUAUUGGUCCGGGCUGUGAUUUAGUGUAUGCAAGCGCAGGAGACGGUUAGCUAGGUAAAAUGAUGCGACAAAGAUUGUCUGGUGGGCAGAACGCUCAGAGGAGACAGAACUGCUUCACUCACCAUGUAUACGAUUGGAACCCCCAUGGCAGGGACCACAGGGCUUCCUCCUCGGGGCUUCAGUAAAAAUGACAGUGUUAUCGUCAGGUAUAUUAUGUAUGCUCAGUACACUCCAACUCUGCAGUUUACCUUAGGAAAGUACAAUAACUGACAAAAUGUUUUAAAUAUUAAAGAUAUAUAGUACCGUAGCAAAUACAGAGAUCAAUAGCUUAAACUUCAGACAUCCAUUUUAACAGUAUAAAAAUCAGGUGGUCUUUAUCAGUGUCAUUAUUAUUCAAGUUCAGUGGAAGCCCUGUGCAUACUUGAGGCUGACGGCACAAGCUAUGUAAAGUUUCACCUUUCUAACAUUUGUGGUUUUUACAUAAUGUUGAUAUUUGCAUUGCUUAAAGUGUGAGCACAUGUUUGUGUUGAAUAAUGUCCUGUGCAGGUGUGAGGGCCGCCUGUGUUGUGGGUGCAGCGGCCAGUUUGACUCUGCCCUGGGGGUCUCAAUGCCCGCCUUCUGGCUACAGGGUCAGGGGUAGUUUUACCUGUAUAAAUAUCAAGACAUUGUUAGCUUAUAUGCUGUUAAUGUUGACCUUGAUGUAAGACCUAUGUUAUUUGUACCAUUAUCUGUGUAAAUGAUUGUUAUGACAAGUAGGUGGCUGUACUAAGAUGUGAUAUGCCAUUGGCAUAAGGGCAAACUUUGCUCACAACUGUAGCUUCCAGCUGCACAAUAAGUAUGAAUUAGACUGCAAGAUUAGAUAAUGCACAAAGCAGUGUUAAGAUUGAAGUUUGUUAGCCAAAGGCAAGGCAUGCAUGCCUUCAUUUAGAAAGCUUUUAACUACUUGUUACUGGCUUAUAACUGUCAGAGUUAGUCCAGAAAAAAUGAGACUUCAUAGACCUAAAUUAAUGGUUAGGAAAUAAUCCUAAUCAUAUCUCUGGCUUAAAGCAAGAUGUGUGACCUGCAGAUGAAAAGUUUCAUACUUACUAUGAUCUCUUCAUGUGCUUUGUCAGCAUUCUCUGGCACUGCUUUGACAGUGUCUGAUUUUACCAAUCCAACUCUGCUCACAACUUUAAAUUCUUCCACAAUGAUGUCUCAUAAUAACUGACUGAAUAAGUUUUUGUAAUGGAAAUGAACAACGAAGAAUGAGCUUAUCGUGUAGCUGGCAGCUGUGCUCUUAGCUGUGGCGCUGAGACAGCUACAAUGUGUUCAGUUCUGCUUUCAAAGAGUUGGUAUCCUAACCAGGCAGCACUGCCGGUUAUUUCACGGCUGCCCACAUAAGACGUUGCCCUGGUUGAUGUAGUACCCACACACUACAUCCUUAUAUGGAGUAGAGCAGAUUUUCCCAAUAGGAAUAUUUUAUAUAUGUAGAUUUUCAUGCACGAGCACAUUCUCUGUACCACUGAGCUUCCUUUUAGGUUAAGGUAACCUUAGUCAUGUUACUUUUCUAAAGGACUGUUUUUAUGUUUUUUUCCCAAAUCAGUUAUCAUUAGAAGAAUGAUAAAGGGUGAAGAAAUAUAAAUUGCCAACUGAUUCUCAGAAUUAGUUCAUACAUUAACAAAAUAUCAGCAAUUUAAAUAUGGUAUGGGGUUAUUUACCUAACUGUAGAUAUCAUAAAUAUAAGUAAGUAAUUUGAAAAGCUUUAUAGCCAUGUGGUAAAUUCCUACCAGAGCAGUCAUGUGUGGGCAGCCAGGGCUCAUUUUAAUAGUGUUUCCACAACAUAUCAGAUAUGAUCCCUCCUUUUAAACUGCCAUCAUUUGUAGUUGUUACUCUAUGAUCCGUUUUCCUUGUAGAUGAUAGACAGGUAGGACACGGGCGGGCCGCUUGUCUCCACGUUGCUCGGCUAAGCUGGUGGUUUGGGAGAUCAGGAUCAUAGUGCAUUCCUUACCUUGUAAUUUUCGUUGAACUAUGCCAAGCACUGUGAGUAUAAAGGAAAUAGUGCAGUAACGAUUCUUUGUAUUUGAAGAUUUGUGAGAGAUCGCCUCAGGAUCUUGUCCCAAGACAUCUUGUUGAAAGAGAAAACCAAAGUUAGGGCCAUUCUUUGUUGAUCAGAGUUUAGAAAUCCCAAGUUGCCAGCUAGAAUACCAAGUUUGGUAAUGUGACUGUGGUAUACUGCGGCCCGGGCCAGAAAGGCGGCUCUUUGCUGCUGUAUUCGCUGGUAGCUCCGUUUGUAUCAGUGCGACUAACUGGAGGCGAUGGAUUUGGCCUGUGAUUAUUACUGAACAAUUCACUUAUUAGUAUUUGUUCUAGUCAUUGUCAAAUUGGAUUACUAUUUAUAUGAUGGAUUUCAUUCCAAAAAGAGAAAUUUGUAAUUGGGGAUAUUUUGUACUGUAUGUGGUGUAACCAUGUAAAUUGACAAAUCUUCCUCUUGAACAUAUACUGGUGGCAAGGGGUCCCCUGGUUGCACUGGCUUCUUCUAGAGUGAUUCUCCCCUGGUAAACAAACACUGCUGUCCACACUCCUUCUGAUCAGUGGGCGAAAUAUUGCCACUUACCUUUAUGUUACCUGUAGUGAAAGACUUCUGGUCAUGUGAUAUUUUGAUGGUUCAUGGUUUGAUGAGUGCUGUGAUUGGAUUAAUAAUAUAGUGAAUUUGAACUUCUGCCCUAAGUUAAUUCCCGAACAAGGGCUCAUUGAAGGACAUAUGUUGUUGAUAGAUGGGAUUAUGGUAGUAAAAAUGUGUAUAUAAUUUUUCAGAGAUUUGUUAAUAUUGUUUAGAAAUUGGUAUUGUUUUGUUUUUACUUCUUAAGUGUUGACGUCAACAUUUGAAUAUAAUAUAUAUUUAUACUAGAGUAAAUUUACUUUUUUCUUUUUUUCUUUUUUUUUGUUAUUUUUAGUCCAUCAAUUUCAAGCUCAAUCUUGAUUCAUUUUUUCUAAAUAUUAGAAGUUAAUGUCUUGUUUGUCUUCACAUAGUAUUUUUUCUAUUAAUUGUGCUACAAUUAUAUCACUAAGCAAGACAUGAGUGGUCUCCUACCACUGUGGUGAUGAAAGUGUGCAAGAAAUUUCUUUGUUUUAUGCUGUGAUGUUGCCUCUUCAAUUGUGAUUUGAUAAGCAUAUCAGCUCAGAGUUGGAUGCUUUGUUGAAACACUUGAGUUGUUGGGAAACUAUUUUCUUACUGAUUUAUGUCUGAGGCAAUAUUGUACAGGGUAGAAUGCAGGGGACCCCAGUGUGCUUGAACUGCCUGUGAUAGGAUAUUAAAGGUGAAGGGCAUCCCCUCUGUGGUAGGGUGAGCUGCUUGUGGGUAUCACGACGGCAGUCUCUAAAAUGCGCAACCCUAUGGUGGCCACCCGCUGCAGACAAAAUCAAAACUUUCAUGGUCACGGGGAUGUCCUAGGAGAGUGUUUAUGACCUGGCUACUAGAGUUACAGCCAGAGGCAAGUGGAGAAAUAAGUUUAUUCUCUUGUAAUGUGUUUUAACGAAGAUCUAGGUUUUAGUCAGUUGAUUGAUUAAAAAUAUGGACCUUUUGAAUGUCCCUUUUUCACCAAAGGCCCUUCAUUAUUCCUGCAGUGUUUGUACCUGGAAAGUAUCAAGUAUUGUGCGUGUGUGUUCCUUUUGUUACCUGUUUGGAGGCCAGUUAGACUGGCUUUGGUACCUGCAUGAUUUAAGAGUGUUGGGAGGUGUGCCCUUCACAAGAUUACAGACUGUAAGACAUUGGCUGUUGAUGCUGCAUUGUGACAAGCAAUGAUGGUAACCACGAUACAGAAAUCAUAGGCACAUAUCAUAUUGUAUACAGUAGAUCUUUUCAAAUUGUUAUUCAUAACCUUUCAUUACCAGGGACUCACACAAGUACAGAGACUCUGGCUCAUAUUCUGUGGUAAUUUGACCCCAGCCAACUAGCUGUCCGUGCGAGGUUGUCUGAACAGCAUUUGUGGACAUUCUGACCCUCAACUGGAUGGUGUCUUCCUUUCCAGAUAUGUAUAUUACUGUUAUUAUUAUUAAUCAUAUGAUAUUAGAGCUUGUGAUUCUAUGUGAUUAGGGAUUAAUUUACUUUACAAAUAUUGUGAUAAAUGUUUAACAAUGGAACUCUUGUGAUAUUACCAAAUUUUAAAAUUAGAUAUGGAAUAAGUCGUUUACUCUUAAAAAUAAAGUUCCAUCAUCAGAGCUGAGGGUCAUGUCCACAGAACAUUUCUGAUUUAUGGCCCUGCUGAAUGAGAACCUCGUGCGUCCUGACAAGGUCUCGCUCGUGCCCUAACUGUAUCUUGUGCCAAAGAGACCCGGGGCCCAUGGCUCAACAGCUGCCGAUAGCUGUCAGUGAUGCACUCGGCCGGAGGGCACCUCGUUACCCUCACUCCCAAAGUAUACUUAACUAUGGAGAAAUAGAACCGUCCUUUUGGCAAUAACUACUACCCCACUGAAGGAUGUGCUCUCAAGGUGGCUAGCCCGGGCAGGGGAGGAGGGAGGGGUGUGGUGAUGCCCUCAGCCAGAGCGAGGGGACGGGCAGCCACCACCAUGACGGUGGCAGUAGCGCAAGGGGUGCUGGAUCUCUGUGCAGAUGCUAGUCACAAAAUGGCCUUUUUUAAGUUUUAUUAAACAAUAUUAAUUUAUUGAAGUUAGACACCAUGUGAGGUGAGCAUUUCUGUUCUGGUCCAGUGCCCCCUGUGCGUCUGUGCCCCUCACUUGGCCGCUGGAGGAGGUGAAGCGCCAGGCCCAGGCGAGACCACUGUCACUCAAUAUUUCCUCUCUUGUAACAGUCUCUCAUUUUUAGUACGAGAUCAGUGCAAUAAUUACGACUAGACUACAAUACUUUUGAUUUACCAUAAUCAUGAAUUACCGGGCCUGGGGGUGGAUGCCGCCAGUUACAUGUUAUAGGCCUCUGCUUGCAACAGUUUACCCAUAGUUGUUUUAUUUCACUUUUAUAUUUGUAGUGUACCGGCUAGACAGCACAUUUCUUGUACAGAGUUUUGUGCAUCCCCUAUCCAGGCCCCUCGGCCAUACAGUUCAAUACCGCUUCCGUUGACUUCCACAGUACAGUAGCUGGGUGGCCCGACUAACCUCCUGCCACCCCCUGCCCCAGCCCGCUGCUGCCUUUGGCAGUGAGCAGUCCUCACCUUACCCCUGUUGCUAAGUGAAAGACAGCAGGCAUAGACCCAUGCGCCUAUGCCAGCAUCCUCCACUUUGCAACAAGAUGCCUCACUCAAGUGCCAGUUCCAUUUGCAGCUGUGAUGCAGGAGGUGGAGGUGGCAGGUAUGUGGCCCCGGGCCAGGGUCGGGCUGCAACCCAUCCACACGCCCAGACACACCUGCAGUUGCUGUUAUUGUUCUGGUUCCCAAGGCUUGGUUCACAUCCUUACUCUGUUGGUUAGGUUCAGCCUAUCAUAUCACGUUUGUAGUCCAUUUAUCUCAAUAAACAACGAAAAGGA